AUGUCUAUCAUUCCUUCCGCUCCUUGUCCUACCAUCGGCUUCAUCAUGCCUGGCCUUCAACGCUCUGACGUUUGGUUCGCGGACGGAAACGUUGUCCUCGCAGUCGGGGGCGUCGCCUUCAAGGUUCACCGUGGCCAACUCGAACGGCACUCGGAGGUCUUUUGCGACCUCUUCUCCUUCCCGCAGCCUCCCUCUUCCUGUGAAGCCAGUGACUCAAUGGGCGAGGAGCCCGCGUUCGUCGAAGGAUGUCCCUUGGUGCAGCUGUUUGGAGAUGCACCGGGCGACGUGAGGUGUUUGCUUGUUGCGCUCUACGAUGGCAUGUACUUUGCCAACUCCUCGCCAAACCACUUCCCGAUCGUCGCCGCCGUCCUCCGCCUCUCCACCAAGUACAUCAUCGAUCACCUCCGCGAACAAUGCCUUGCUCUCCUCACGCACGACUGGCCGUCGACACUCGCAACUUGGGAUCGCCGUGAGACCGAUGCGACCUUCGAUCAACCAGCCAACACGAGGCAAGCUCAUAGCGGAGGUCACGGGAUGGGCAGCGCGAGGGGCGGCGCACCGGUCGGAGGACGAUAUGCACCGCGGGACGUGUACGCGCACCCGGUGCUGGUGCUUCGUCUCGCUGGAGAGCUCGGGCUCAACGAUAUCAUGACCGCCGCGUUCUACGACCUCUCGCGCUAUGGCCCGUCCAAGAUCACCAGCGGGACGCUUCUUCCUGUACGCAAGGUUUUGAACCCAUCAGCUCAGGGACACGGGGAAUCAGGCGGAGAUGGGCAGGAAUGCGAGAUCAACCUCGAGGAUGCAAACGACCGCGCCAUCGCACGCGAUCUCCUCGUGCGCACGCUUCGAGGUCGCGAACACGCUCAGCGCUUCGUUCUCACCUUCCUCGAGCGCGCCGUCCGCGCGCAUCCAUCUCGUAACUGCGUAUACGCCUCCCGCGCCGCCCGCCCGUCAACAUUCAUCCGUCUCGAGCGACCCGGCACAUACGUCCCGUUCUCGACGCCCGCGCCGAGCUACUUCCCGAACAACACCGUCGCAAACGCUCCCGCACAGGGACCUCCGCCGCCGCCCCGAAUGCCCAUAAACAAUAUAAUGGCAGUGUUGGGAGCGAACCCGCUGACAGCUGCAACAACGCCGACGAACGCGCCCAUCCCGUUGACAUACCCCGUCCCAGCAGCAGCCCUCGCACCCCCACCCUUCGGCACAGACACCGCGCCCUCCCGCGCCGCCGCCGCCGCCGCCGCCGCCGCCGCCGCCACCGCCCAUACCCAUGCCCAAGCCCAGAACGCCGGCGGCCAGUGGGACUCGACGCCGCGCGAGCGCGGGCAGGCGGGCGGCCCGUGCUUCGACUCGUUCUACUUCGUGCAGCUCAACGUGUUGCGCGCAGUCGGCGGGAUCGCGUGCGGGCGGGACGCGGACCCGCUGUACGCGCUCAAGCAGGCGGGCGACAUGCUGGAGCGGACGGACUUUAGCGACGGGGUGCGGCAGUGCGCGCUGCGCAUGUGUGCGGUGUGCAAGUCUGAGUUUCGUGAGGCGGUUAAGGGGGCGCGGGAGGAGGUGUGGACGCGGAUUCCGGAGUGGUUUGGGAUUGAUGGAUGGGAGGCGAGGGCGGGGAAGUGAGUGUGAGCGUUGAUGGGGUUGUGUUCUUGGUUUUGUUUUCAUUUGGGAUUUAGGCGAGUGUGUAUACCC